GGUACGCGGGCCUCUCACUGUUGUGGUCUCUCCCGUUGUGGAGCACAGGCUCGGGAUGUGCAGGCUCAGCGGCCAUGGCUCACGGGCCCAGCCGCUCCGCGGCAUGUGGGAUCUUCCCGGACCGGGGCACGAACCCGUGUUCCCUGCAUCGGCAGGCGGACUCUCAACCACUGCGCCACCAGGGAAGCCCCCAAACUCUCCUUUCAUGGAGCCCUUCCCACCCUUCUCACCUUUCCCAGCACCUCCAGAGCUGUGGAUCCACACACUUGUUUCAUUAGGACCUUGUGAAAUAUACCCAAUUUUCUGGAGAGGGAAACAUCUGGAGGUUUCUUCCAAAUCAGGGUCACCAUCGUGACCCAAGAUUCUAAUCUUAGGAUGUUGAGGGCCCUCUCCCCCUUCUGCCAUCGCCUGGCCCACUGUAAGGACGGAGGAAUGUUUGUGGAAUGAAUGAAUGAACAAAUGAUGACUCUAGUCGAACCCCCAUUUUCUGGAUGGGCAAAUGGAGUCCCAGAGUAUUAGGGCGAGUUUGGCUAGGGCUGGAGGGAGAGUGGGGAGAAAGGGACCUCCUGAGACCAGGAGCUGCGGUAUUGCAGGUGGCUAUGCAACGUGGGCCUGGCCGGUGUGUUCGGAGGCCAACCCGCGUGGGGUGAGCCGGGCGCCCCUCCUCCUUGGGGUGCUGCAGCAAGAGGCGAGCGAUCCCUUUAAGAAACCCGGCUCGGCGCGGCCCGGCUGUGACCCCGCCUCCCCCGUCGGCGCGCGCGGCUCCGGUUGGCCCGGCCUCUGAGUGGCGGCUAUGGAAGCCAAUGGGAGCGGAUGGGGCGGGGCCUGGCCGGGACGCGGGACGCCAGGUACAGGUAGCUGCCGCGGUGCCGCGCCCGCUGCGAGGUCUUCUCUUUUUUUUUUUUUUUUGUGGUACGCGGGCCUCUCACUGUUGUGGCCUCUCCCGUUGCGGAGCACAGGCUCCGGACGCGCAGGCUCAGCGUCCAUGGCUCACGGGCCCAGCCGCUCCGCAGCAUGUGGCAUCUUCUCGGACCGGGGCACGAACCCGAGUCUCCUGAAUCGGCAGGCGGACUCUCAACCACUGCGCCACCAGGGAAGCCCCGAGGGCUCCUCUUAAAGGAGCCGCUCUCCCCAGCCGCUGUCGGGCGGAGGGAAGGAGGCAAGAGUUGGGGGCUGGAACGGUGGGAGUGUCCCGGAGAGAGAGGAAGGCCCUGAGACUCGAGGAUGCGGGGGUGCGGAUGGGUGGGAAGGAGGCAGAUUCCGUGGGAAAUCAGGGGUGAGGCCCGACUCCAGACUGUUACUCACCUUCACACCCUGCCGGGGAGUGUUGGGUGCGGCAGAAUUGAUCACUAAGUCUCCAUGGGGAGGUACGGGCAUCAGACUCACCAACCUACACCUGCAGCCCCUCUCCCCAUUAGUACGCCGCUAAGCUCUCUGCCCCGUUCUACCAAUACAGAAACAGAGGCUGUUCCCCGCAGGUCACACUUGUAAAGGAGAGUCCUGGAGUGAGAGUCAGGGGUCCUGGGUCCACUCCCUGCCCCCCUGGCGGCCUCAGUUUCCCCAUCUGUACAAUGAUGAAGUAGGCCAGGCUGGACAGUUCCAAGCAAGGAACAGGAUCAGGAAUCGCUGGUUCCAGGUGCCGCCCCUGCUCUUUACUCAUUUUCUGGAUCUUGUGGGUCUUCUGAGCGGAAGGAUACUACGUGAGGGGAGGGCAGAGCUGGGGCCCUGCCUCCAGCUGCGUAACUUGCCUGUCUCUCUGGGGGCCUGGAGUGGCCCCUCUUCCAGCCAGUCGUGUAAAAUACUCGUUGCUAUUAUCAUUGGAGAAGAGCGCGGGGUGGGGUGGGGUGGGGGAAGGGAAUCCUUCCCCGGGUUAGGGAUGAGGCUGGGGGACAGGACCUGGAGGCCCCACCAGUAGGGCUUAGGGUGGAGCCUGGUGAGGAGAGAUUUAAGCCUAGGCUCCACCACCUGCAGGAUUAUUUGAUCGCCUUUGGGCCCCCAGCUGCAGCCCUGGGCCCCUCAACCAAUGAGAUGCGAGGAUGGAUUCGGGCAGGGCUCCCAUUGGCUUACUCCGCCCCUCUGGGGAGACAGGAGCCCCUUUAAUUAGCGCGAACUGUUUGCUCGGCUCUAAGCAGAGCUUCCAGGAACCCUGCGCGAUAGAGAGAUGAUGAGGUUCAGAGAGGAACAGGGAGUUGCCCGCAGCCGCACAGUACGUCUUCAGCCUGACCCCUCAGUCCUGUCUCCCAUCCAUUCCCACCAUGGCCUCCUGGAUGCAGCUGAUGCUGCUGCUUUGGAAGAAUUUCCUGUACCGCAGGAGGCAGCCGUUGCAGCUCUUGGUGGAGCUGAUGUGGCCACGCCAUUCCCACCCCCAACUUGGGCAGCAUGAAUGCCAUUUCCCCAACAAGCCGCUGCCGUCAGCGGGUACCGUCCCUUGACUCUAGGGCCUCAUCUGCAACAUGAGCAACACCUGUUUCCCACGGCCCAUGCCCACCGAGGAGCCUGGCGUCCUCAGCACCUUCAGGGCUCCCUGUAAGGUCUCCUGGCUCCUGGCAGAUGCCCACACUGUCCUGGGGGGCCCCAGGGCCCACAGGAUGCUGGCUAGCCUGAGGCAGCUGAUGCCUACGCUGAGGGCUGCACGUGGAGCAGGUGAGAAGGCAGGGCCCAUGGAGGGACCGUCCCUGGCCACUGAGCUGCUGGGGACACUGAUGCAAGGGGAAUCCCUGGCGUUUGUGCUGGGCCAGGCCCAGGAUUCCUUAGACAGCCUUGUGGAAGCAGCAGAAGACCUGGCCCAGGAGCUCCUGGCGCCGCCUGGCCUGGUGGAGCUGUGGGCACUGCUGUGGAGACCCCAAGGGCCAGGUGGCCCCCUGGAGGCGGUGGCAGAAGCCCUGUGCGGUGCCGGGGGCCCAGCAAGCCGGUACGAGGCCAGUGACCUGAAGGAGCUGGUGUGGCAGGCGGCACGGGCCCUGCCACACCACAGCCUGAGCUCCACCCGCACCGAGCUGGUGGGGGCCCUGGACGCCCACCCCCUGUCCCACCGGCUCUGGAGGCGCCUGAAGCCGCUGGUCCUGGGGAAAGUAGUGUUCAGCUCACGGCCCAGGUGACGGUGGGAGGGGUCCCACGUGAACCGAACCUUCCAGGGGCUGGCGCUGUUGAAGGGCAUCCAGGAGGUGUGGGAGCUGCUGGGCGCCCCGCUCUUGAACUUAGCGAACGACAGCGCCGGCGUCGCACGGCUGCAGAGGCUCCUGCAGGUCACAGGAAGAAGGCAGCCAGGAGCUGGAGGCCAGGACCGGGCGGGGGAGGCUCUUCGUGCCUUUCUGAAUCCCCGAAAUGGUGGCUGCAGCUGGCAUGAGGCCUAUGCUGAUAUGGGACACCUGGUGGGCACACUGGGCCGUGAUGGAGGUGAGGGGCCGCCCACCUGGGGAAAUCUCUCUGAGGGGAGGGGCAGCCCUGCUGUGGGACUCCUAGGAGGAAACGCGGCUCCACCCUCAGGUCCAGAGGAGGACCCUGGGACCUCGGACCCACGCCCAAGCCCCUCCCAGUGCGUGACUCUGGACGAGCUGGAGGCUGCGCCCUCAGAGGCUGCCCUGGUGGAGCGGGCCCUGGAGCUGCUCUCGGAGCCCGAGGACUUCCCGGACUCUUCGCAGUCCCCAGGCCCUGGCCAUGUGCGCAUCAAGAUACGCAUGGACAUCGAUGACGUCAGAAGAGCCAAUAAGAUCAGGGACAGAUUUUGGGACCCCGGUGCGGCUGCUGACACGCUGGUGUGGGGCGGCUUCGUGUACCUGCAGGACCUGCUGGAGCACGCAGCCCUGCGCGUGCUCACUGGAGCCGCGCCCCGCGCCGGCCUCUACCUGCAGCAGAUGCCCUACACGUGCUACGUGGACGACGCGUUCCUGCGCGUGCUGAGCCGGUCACUGCCGCUCUUCCUGAUGCUGGCCUGGAUCUACUCGGUGGCGCUGACCGUGAAGGCUGUGGUGCGUGAGAAGGAGACGAGGCUGUGCUGCACGAUGCGCGCCAUGGGGCUCAGUGGCGCCGUGCUUUGGCUGGGCUGGUUCCUCAGCUGUCUCGGGCCCUUCCUUCUCAGCACCGCGUUGCUCGUGCUGGUGCUCAAGGUGGGCGCACCCUGGCCUUCCCAGCUCCAGGAUGGGUGCGCGUGUACGCGGGAGGGUAACAGGCAGGGGGCGCCUCGCGGGGUUGCGCGUCCCUGGGCGAAUCCGUGCGCUCCCUCCAGCUGCCUUUGCCUCCUGCAGCUCGGGGACAUCCUCCCCUACAGCCACGCGGUGGUGCCCUUCCCGUUCUUGGCGGCUUUCAAGGUGGCCACGGUGGUCCAGAGCUUCUUUCUGAACGCCUGCUUCUCCCGAGCCAACCUGGCAGCCGCCUGCGGGGGCCUCGCCUACUUCGUGCUCUAUCUGCCCUACGUGCUGUGCGUGGCCUGGCGGGACCAACUGCCCGUGGGCGGCCGUGUGGCCAUGAGCCUUCUGUUGCCCGUGGCCUUCGGCUUCGGCUGCGAGAGCCUGGCACUGCUGGAGGAGCAGGGCGAGGGCGCGCAGUGGCAUAACGUGGGCACUGGGCCUGCAGCCGAUGUCUUCAGCCUGGCUCAGGUCUCGGGUCUUCUGCUGCUCGACGCUGCGCUCUACGGCCUCGCCACUUGGUACCUAGAGGCUGUGUGUCCAGGCGAGUACGGGAUCCCCGAACCGUGGAACGUUCCCUUUCGGAGGAGCUACUGGUUUGGGCCUCAGACCUCCAAGUGCCCAGCCCCUUGCCCCACAGGACCCCAAGGGUUCCCGCGGAUCCCAAUCCUCUGGACACCCCUAGUUCUCCAGCUUGAACAGCCCCCAGGACCCCGGGGGCUCCCAUGGCUGAGUCUGCCCUCCUUCCCCAAUGCUGGUGGAAGAGGCGCCCCUGGCCUGAUUCCAGGAGUCUCCAUAUGGAGCCUGGAAAAGCGCUUUCCUGGUAACCUACAGCCGGCCCUGCACGGGCUCAGCCUGGACUUCUACCAGGGCCUCAUCACCGCCUUCCUGGGCCACAAUGGGGCUGGCAAGACGACCACUCUGUCCAUCCUAACCGGCCUCUUCCCACCCACUGCUGGCUCCGCCUGUGUCCUGGGCCACGAUGUCCGAUCCAAUAUGGCAGCCAUCCGGCCCCACCUGGGAGUCUGCCCACAGUACAGUGUGCUGUUUGACAUGCUGACCGUGGAUGAGCACGUCUGGUUCUAUGGGCGGUUAAAGGGUCUGAGUGCAGCUGCCGUGAGCCCCGAGCAGGACCGUCUGAUGCAGGAUGUGGGACUGGUCCCCAAGUGGCAUGCACAGACUCGCCACCUCUCUGGGGAGGAGCCUUUGGGUGGGAUUCAGUGGAAGCUUUCAGUGGCCAUUGCCUUUGUGGGUGGCUCCCAAGUCGUUAUCUUGGAUGAGCCCACAGCUGGUGUGGACCCUGCUUGCCGUCGAGGCAUUCGGGAGCUGCUGCUCAAAUACCAUGAUGAUCGCACAUUGAUCCUCUCCACCCACCACCUGGAUGAGGCAGAGCUGUUGGGAGACCGUGUGGCAGUGGUGGCGGGCAGCCGCUUGUGCUGCUGUGGCUCCCCGCUCUUCCUGUGGUGUCAUUUGGUCUCCAGAUACUACCUGACACUGGUGAAGGGUCCCCCAGCCCUGGCCACCAGCAAAAAGGUGAGGGCUGGGCUUCCCUGGUGGCGCAGUGGUGGAGAGUCCGCCUGCCGAUGCAGGGGACACGGGUUCGUGCCCUGGUCUGGGAAGAUCCCACAUGCCGCAGAGCGGCUGGGCGGUGACACUGACUUGAAGGACAACAUGGAUCCUGGGCAGGAAGCGGAGCCAGGCAGCCAGACCAGCACUGCCAGACAUGCUCAGCUGCUGGCCCUGUUGCAGAGCCACGUGCCCGGGGCACGGCUGGUCAAAGAGCUGCCACACGAGCUGGUGCUGGUGCUGCCCUACCAGGGCGCCCCGGACAGUAGCUUCGCUGAGCUCUUCUGCGAGCUGGACCAGCGGUUGGGGAAGCUGGGACUGGCCAGCUUUGGGAUCUCCGACACCAGCCUGGAGGAGAUCUUCCUGAAGGUGGUGGACUGUGCUGUGGACACAGGCCCAGGGGGUGCGGCCGCAGAUGGUAGGCCCAGGCAGCACCCGUGCUCAGGCAUUGCUCAUUUGGACGCGACUGCAAGGCUGCAGAUUCUGCCAGAGGAAUCAGCCCUGGAGAAUGGGGCGGGAUCUGCCCCCGAGACACAGGCCUUGCAGAGCUCUGGGCCAGACGCCGCAGGCUGUGUACAUGGCUGGGUGCUGGCCCACCAGCAGCUCCGGGCCUUGCUUCUCAAGCACUUCCUGCUUGCCCGCUGCAGCCGCUGUGGCCUGUUCGCACAGAUUGUGCUGCCUGCCCUCUUCGUGGGCUUGGCACUGGUGUUCAGCCUCAUCAUGCCUCCUUUCAGAUACUACCCAGCUCUGCAGCUCAGUCCCAGCAUGUAUGGCUCCCAAGUGUCCUUCUUCAGCGAGGAUGCCCCAGGGGAUCCUGAACGUGCCCGCCUGCUCGAGAUGCUGCUGGAAGAGGCCGGAUUGGAGGAGGCUUACCUGAAAAAUAACUCCAACAGGGCACCUGAGUGCACACAGCCUGCCAUCUGCCAGUUCUCGGUGCCCGAGGUUCCUGCAGAUGUGGCUAAGGUCUUGGCCAGCGGCAACUGGACUCCGGAGUCUCCGUCCCCUGCCUGCCAGUGCAGCCAGCCUGGUGCCCAUCGCCUGCUGCCCGACUGUCCUGCUGUGGCCGGCUGCCCCCCACCUCCCCAGGCACCGACCAGCUCGGGCAAAGUGGUCCAGAACCUAACAGGCCGGAAAUUGUCUGACCUCCUGGUCAAGACCUACCCACGCCUGGUGCGCCAAGGCCUGAAGACCAAGAAGUGGGUGAACGAGGUCAGGUAUGGGGGCUUCUCCCUGGGGGGCCGAGACCCGGGCCUGCCCUCGGGGCUUGAGGUGGGCCGCUCUGUGGAGGAGUUGCAGGCACUGCUGAACCCCCAACUGGGCGGGGCCCUCGACCGCAUCCUGAACAACCUCACAGCAUGGGCUCUUGGUCUGGACAUUCAGGAUGGCCUCAAGACCUGGUUCAACAACAAGGGCUGGCAUGCCGUGGUGGCCUUUGUCAACCGAGCCAACAACGCUCUCCUACUUGCCCGCCUGCCGCCAAGCCCCGCCCACCAUGCCCACAGCAUCACCACGCUCAAUCACCCCCUGAACCUCACCAAGGAGCAGCUGUCUGAGGCCGCGCUAAUGGCCUCCUCAGUGGACGUGCUUGUCUCCAUCUGUGUGGUCUUCGCCAUGUCCUUUGUCCCGGCCAGCUUCACCCUUGAACUUUCUCUGGGACAUGGUGCGGGGACCGCCUGGAGGGGUGGGGGCCCCGCCACCACUUGCCACUGUCCCUUCUGGCCCUUUCUGGGCAGGGACUUGUCUAGGAUGUGUAACUACUUGGUGCCGGUGUCCAUCGUGGUGCUCAUCUUUCUGGCCUUCCAGCAGAGGGCGUACGUGGCCUCUGCCAACCUGCCUGCCCUCCUGUUGUUGCUACUACUGUAUGACUGGUCAAUCACACCGCUCAUGUACCCAUCCUCCUCCUCCUUCUCCAUGCCCAGCAUGGCCUACAUGGUGCUCACCUGCAUCAACCUCUUUAUCGGCAUCAACGGCAGCAUGGCCACCUUUGUGCUCGAGCUCUUCUCUGAUCAGAAGUUACAGGAGGUGAGCUGGAUCCUGAAACGGGUCUUCCUUAUCUUUCCUCACUUCUGCCUGGGCUGGGCGCUCAUUGACAUGGUGAGGAACCAGGCCAUGGCUGACGCUUUUGAGCGCUUGGGAGAGGGGCAGUUCCAGUCACCCCUGCGCUGGGAGGUUGUCAGCAAGAACCUUUUGGCCAUGUUGAUACAGGGGCCCAUCUUCCUCCUCUUUACACUCCUGCUGCAGCACCACAACUGCCUCCUGCCACAACCCAAGCUGAGGCUGCUGCCUGCCCUGGGAGAGGAGGAUGAGGAUGUGGCCCGUGAGCGGGGGCGGGUGGUACAAGGAGCCACCGAGAGGGACGUGUUGGUGCUGAGGGACCUGACCAAGGUGUGCCCUGGGCAGAGGACACUGGCUGUCGACCUCCUGUGUCUUGGGAUCUCCCCUGGUGAGUGUUUUGGGCUGCUGGGCGUGAACGGAGCGGGGAAAACGUCCACGUUCCACAUGGUGACUGGGGACACGGUGCCCAGCGGGGGCGAGGUGGUGCUGGCAGGCCACAGCGUGGCUCGGGAACCGGCCGUAGCUCACUGCCGCAUGGGCUACUGCCCUCAGUUGGAUGCCAUCUUCGAGCUGCUGACCGGCCGCGAGCACCUGGAGCUGUUUGCACGCCUGCGCGGUGUCGAGGCCCAGGUUGCCCAGACAGCAAGCUCGGGCCUGGGGCGCCUGGGGCGCCUGGGGCGCCUGGGCCUCCCUCAAUGUGCGGACAGCCCCAUGGGCACCUACAGCCGGGGCAACAAGCGGAAACUGGCGACAGCCGUGGCUCUGGUGGGGGAUCCAGCUGUGGUCUCUCUGGUAUGUGAGGGGGAGGGCAGGGGGCCCACCACUGGCAGGGACCCUGGCGCACGGCGUUUUCUCUCGAACAGCCUUCUGGCCGUGGUCAGGCCUGGCCAGAGCUCACGGCUCCGGGCUCCCACAGCAUGGGGGAGAGAGGCGCUCUGCACGCACCUGGCCAUCAUGGUGAACGGGCGGUUCCGCUGCCUGGUCAGCACGCAGCACCUCCAGGGCCGGUUCAGGGCUGGCCACACGCUGACCCUGCGGGUGUCCGAGUCUCAGUCCGAGUCGGUGGCAGCCUUCGUGGCAGCCACGUUCCCGGGGGCCGAGCUACGGGAGUUGCACGGUGGCCGCCUGCGCUUCCAGCUGCCUCCGGGAGCGCGCUGCGCCUUGGUGCACCUCUUUGGAGAGCUGGCGGCACGUGGCGCAGAGCACGGUGUGGAGGACUUCUCUGUGAGCCAGACCACGCUGGAGGAGGUAUUCCUGUAACUCUCCAAGGAUCAGGGGAAGGAGGAGGACGAGAAGGACGCAGAAGUGGGGGCGGACCCUGUGCCAGGCCCACAGAACCCCAGACUCAUCACCCAGUUGCUCGAGGACCACAGCAUGGCCGGGACGGUGCUCUGAGCCUCCCUCUCCUCCGUGGAGCUGGUGGGGGGCCCUGGGAGUGACCAAGGCAGGGCAGAGGGGUUGGAGCCGGGACCCAGGCUCCCUGAGGGGUUGCUGCCCUGGAGGGAAUGCAGAGAAGUCAUGGUGUGAAGCCCUCCGCACGUGUGUCCAUGCGUCAGGCUGCAUGCUUGUCCAAAAAUGGCUCUCCAUGUCUGGAUAUCGGGCCUGGCACCCGAGUGUGUGCAGGAGUUAGUCUGUGGAGACAGAUGCAAUCUCUAGGGGGCAGGUGAGAGUCCAGCUGCAGCCGACUGGACUCCCAGCUCUGAAGCCCUCUGUGGUGGGCUGUGGCGUGUCUCUCUGCAGGUUUGCCCUUCAUAAGAGCCUGGACAAUGGUCCCGGGGCCCCUAAGUGCCCACGUGGUUCUGGCGUCUGAGGGCGGUACCUGUGAGUGGCUGGUCGUGAAAUGGGCCUGCGGUCAGGGCUCAGGAAUGUCUGGGGCAGCUGGAGGAGCCCAGCAGGGGCGACCCAGACCUCAGGCCUCCCGACCAGGUCAGAAGCCCACCAGCCGGCCCUCGCUGCCUGCUCCUGGUCUCCAGAGCAAUGAGUGGUGGGCAGAGGUUCCUUAAGGGGCUUCUGGGAGGGGUCUGUGGAUGGACUCGGGCCUGGAGAGUCGGGUUUGCCAUGAGGGGCUGUGGCCUGCAU